GUUCACACAAAGAUCAAAGUUCUUUUACAGCUGCAAGAACAUAAAGAAUCAUGGGUGAAGAGAGAGAAACACAACAAAUAGACACUUGUCAUCAGACGUCCACGAAAGCAUCUGAGCUCUGUGCUAGACUGCAGAGUUGCCCAAAACCACACGGCUUUCUUGCGUCUGUAGUGAGCAAAGUGUUGUGUGUUUCAGCUCUGUUGGGGGCGCUGUUGUUCGGGGUGGUCUGGGCUGUAAUGGGUCCUGCAUGUGCACCAGGACAGAAUUAUUUCGGGCUAGUGGUUGUGUUUCUUUCUGCUGUGUGUGGAGGAAAACUCAUUAGUGUGUUUCCAUUACCAAACACACCUCCUAUACCUGCUCUUCUAGGAAUGCUGCUGGCAGGUGUUGUGUUGAGGAAUGUGCCGUAUGUCACAGACAGUGUUUAUAUUGAUCAGAACUGGUCUUCAGCUCUGAGAAACGUCGCGCUCGCUGUGAUUCUCUGCAGAGCCGGCCUGGGACUCAACGCCUCUGCUCUGCAGCAUUUAAAAUCAGUGUGUGUGAGGGUCGCUGUUGGCCCGUGUGUAAUCGAGGCGUGUACGGUGGCUAUUGUGGGUCAUUUUUUGCUGGAGUUACCCUGGAUCUGGAGCUUCAUUCUUGGUUUUGUUCUAGCCGCUGUGUCUCCAGCUGUUGUGGUUCCGUGGAUGUUGGUCCUGCAGUCUCAGGGUUAUGGUGUUGAGAAGGGAAUCCCCACCCUCCUGAUGGCUGCUGGCAGUUUUGAUGAUAUUUUGGCCAUCACUGGAUUCACCACGUGUCUGGGUGUAGCAUUUGGAACAGGAUCUACAUGGAUGAAUGUUGGAAAAGGAGUUCUGGAGGUGAUCGGAGGGGUUCUGGCAGGAGGAAUUAUGGGAAUUCUGCUCCACUUCUUUCCCAGCACAGACCAGUCAGAUGUGGUGUUGUUGCGCUCGUGUCUGUUGUUGGGUCUGUCUGUGUUCAGUGUGUUUGCGGCUCAUGCGGCGGGUCUGGGCGGUGCUGGUGGUCUCUGUACUCUGGUCCUGGCCUUCAUCUCUGGACUCAGCUGGGCAGAAAAGAAGGCUCCAGUCGCUGCAGUGGUGAGCAGGUUCUGGGACGUUUGUCAGCCGCUCUUGUUUGGUCUAAUUGGAGCAGAAAUCAAGAUAUCAUCCCUCAGCAUUUAUACUGUUGGGUUGGGUGUGGCCACUCUGUUUGUUGGGUUGUUGUUUCGAGUGUUGGUGACAUUUACUGUUGUUUCGUUCGCUGGUUUUAAUAUGAAGGAGAAGAUCUUUAUAUCUCUGGCCUGGAUGCCUAAAGCUACAGUGCAAGCUGCUAUAGGGUCUAUGGCUCUGGAUAUGGCUCACAGUGCUGGAGACGAGCAGCUGCAGAAUUAUGGGAUGGAUGUUCUCACUGUGGCCGUUCUUGCUAUUCUGAUCACAGCUCCGAUCGGCGCUCUCGCCAUCGGCCUCACAGGACCAAAACUACUGCAGAAAUACACAAGUACACAUCUGCAAACAAACACACAGGAUCAUUGUGUCAGAACUCAAAAUGUUGGCGGCCUGGAGUCCAAACUGUAGAAUAUCUCUUACACACACAUGCACACACAUGCACGCAAUCACACCUUUUGAUGUCAUAUGUGUUGUUGAGUUAUUUGACCUUAAUCUCGGGUUAGUUAAUCUCAUGAACAUCCGUCUGCAUGUAAACUGCCUUCUGAAAGAUCUGCUGUGAAAACUUCUCGUCAUCAAAUCUUCAUGUAAAUCAGCAGCAUGGCUCACAUCAUCAUUCAGUCAUCACCAGCUCUUGCUCAUUAUAUUUCUGUGUUUUGACUGUGUAAAUGUACAUUCCUCUGUUGUUUGAUAUCGGCCAUAAAAUUAGACAAAAUGAGACCAAUGAAAUGUCCUAAAUCACAACUAAUAAACUUUCCCAGUUACUCAUAAACAUUCACUCAGUAAGUUUUACUGAAAGUCAUUAAGAUCAGCUGUGAUGUGUCAGAGGAGAUCUGGUCCUCCCGGCUGAGUCUGGUUUCUCCUGAGGUUUCUCUCCAUUUAUUCAUCAUUGGAGUUUGGGUUCCUCGCCACAAAUCGAAUUGUGUAAACGUGAACUUACAUCAUUCAGUGUUGAUUACUGUAAAGCUGCUUUGACACCACGUCUUGCUCUAUCAAAAACUGGUCAAUAAAUAAACACAGUAUCAUUUUUUUUAAUAAUGAAAUUGUUGCAGAUGACUUCAACAAACCUGCAAACCAGUGUACUGUAGAUUCAGACACUGUAAACAUAUAUGGUACAAAGAUUUUUGUUGUGUUGAUCUAGUUUAACCACAUUUUUCUUGUUGACUUCAUUUUAGUCAAGUGGUUCUUUCAAACUAAAUUGACUUGGUUUAACUGUGAAAAAUC